CCCCUGUCGUGUUAUGUGAUUUUGGUGCGACUACCUGCUUUGUGACGCUGACGGGACGCACCUGGGACAAAGGUCCACGUCUCUAAACUGACAUACAGCAGUUUUUAGUUACUUUUUGUGAUUUUAUUAAUGAGAGAGAGGAAGUCGGGAGGUUUCAUUUUUCUGUGGAUGAAUAAUUAACCUGACAACUCAAGCCCUAGUGUACAGAGGAGCAAUGAUAUAAGGAGCUGAGCCCAGGAGAGGAGUGCGCCUCCAACGCGACCAGAGAAACCUAAAAAAAAAAAAAAAAACCUGCAGGUGUUUUUGUUUUAUUUUUCCACUUUAAAGAUUUUUAUGACAUUUGAACUGGACAAACUACACCGCAAUCAUGCUGGGAGCGGAGACCCGAGUGGAAAGCCGGCUAAAGAAGCUGGAGUCCAUGAUGAGGAAUCCACAGUCGGCGUUAAACUUAUCAACUCUGCUGGAUUCCAUGAAUGCCUUGGCUCAUGAUCUCAACUACCCUUCCCUGCGAAGGAACAAGAACAUUGACGCAUUUCUGAAGCGAUAUGAGAAGUUGGUGAAUGAGCUGCAAGAGCUCCAGGUGAAGAUUGAGGACUUUGAAAAAGUGAAGUUAAUCGGGAGAGGAGCUUAUGGGGAAGUGCAGCUGGUCCGCCACAAGGCCUCCAAGAAGGUUUACGCCAUGAAGCAGCUCAGCAAGUUUGAGAUGAUCAAGAGGUCGGAGUCGGCCUUCUUCUGGGAGGAGAGACACAUAAUGGCGUUUUCCAACAGUCCUUGGAUUGUACAGCUCUGCUGCGCUUUCCAAGAUGACCGGCACCUUUACAUGGUGAUGGAGUUCAUGCCUGGAGGAGACGUGGUCACGCUCACCAUAAACUACGACAUCCCCGAGGAGUGGGCUCGCUUCUACACGGCCGAGGUGGUGCUGGCGCUGGACGCCAUCCACUCCAUGGGCUUCAUCCACCGCGACGUUAAACCAGACAACAUGCUGCUGGACCAGCACGGACACCUCAAACUGGCUGACUUCGGCACGUGCAUGAGGAUGGACUCGUCCGGUAUGGUGCACUGUGCAACAGCUGUGGGGACACCAGACUACAUCUCCCCGGAGGUGCUCCAGUCUCAGGGUGGAGAUGGCAUCUACGGCCGGGAAUGUGACUGGUGGUCUGUUGGAGUUUUUCUCUAUGAGCUGCUAGUUGGUGAAACUCCGUUCUAUGCCGAGUCUCUCAUUGGAACCUACGGGAAGAUCAUGAACCACCAUAACUCUCUGGUCUUCCCAGAGGACGCGGAGAUGUCUCAGGAUGCGAAAAAUCUCAUCUGCGCCUUUCUCACUGAGAGGAAGGUUCGACUGGGCCGCAACAGAGUGGAGGACAUCAAAGUGCACCCCUUCUUCAAGAACGACCAGUGGACCUUUGACAACAUCCGUGACACUGUGGCCCCAGUGGUUCCAGAGCUGCACAGCGACAUAGACACCAGCAACUUUGAUGAUAUAGAGGUGGAAAAGGGAAAUGCUGAAACUUUUCCUCCUCCCAGAUCGUUUGCGGGCAACCAGCUCCCAUUUAUCGGCUUCACUUAUUUCAAGGAGGAUCAGCUGCUGAGCAAAACAAGCAGGAGCUCUGGGAAGGACUCGGACGACUGUAAGGAAACCUCUAAGGAUAAAGAACAGUCUGCAGACAAAAAGAAAGAGCUGCAGAAAAAGGUUAACCAGCUGGAGGAGCAGCUUGAUCAUGAGAUGCAGGCCAAAGACGAACUGGAGCAGAAGUGCAAGAAUGCCACCAAUCAUGUAGACAAGCUGGUUAAAGAUUUGGAAAAGGAGAUGAACAGUCGGCAGAAAGUGGAAGAUACACUGAGGCAGCUGGAGCGAGCCCAAGCGCUGCUGCAGCACCAGAGUGCAGAGAACCUGCGCAAGGUGGAGGUGGAAGCAGACAGGAAGCGCAUCCUGGAAAACGAAUUAAACAACUUGAGGGACCAGAUGGAGGACCUGAAGAAGAAGAACCAACAAUCUCAGAUAUCCAAUGAGAAGAACAUGAAGCUGCAAAAACAACUUGAGGAGGCCAACAGUGCUCUGCAGGCUGAGAAGGAGGCGACGGCUCAGCUGAAGAAGAGCAAGGCAGAGGCAAAGAAACAAGCCCAGAGCCUUGAAGUCAGCCUCAAGGAGAUGGAGGAGAAGUGCGGCAGACUUGAAGCAGGCAAGGUGGAGCUGGAGAAGCAGAUGAGGGGGCUGCAAGCCGAGCUGGAGGUGGAGAAGAAAGAAAGCAACCUCAGGACAGAGACCCUCGCGGACCUACAGGGAACCAUUUCAGUCCUAGAAGAUGAAGUGAAGGAGGUGAAAUCAUCUCUUUCCAAGGUCAGAAGUGAUAAGAAGGAGCUGCAGACAAAGCUAAAUAAUCUUGAAAAGGAAAAGAACAACCUAGAGCUUGACCUAACGUUCCAGCUCAAGUCGCUGCAGCAGAGUCUGGAGCAGGAGGAGGCAGAGCAUAAGGCCACCAAGGCGAAGCUCGUGGAUAAAAGCGAAAUCUACCAGUCUAUCGAGGAGGCUAAAUCUGAGGCCGUAAAAGAGAUGGAGAGCACCCUGCAGGAGGAGCGCAGCUUGAAACUGCAGGUGGAAGAAAAGCUGCUGCAACUAAAGAAGGAUCACUCCAUGCUAGAAUGUGAUCACAAGCAAGCACAGCAAAAGCUGGAAGAGUUGCAGGCACAAAAGGAGAAACUUUCGGAAGAGGUGAUGGACCUCACGCUACGCCUGGAGCAGGAGAUCCAAAAGCGAAGCACUAUCCAGACCGACCUAAAAGCGCAGAAACAGCAGGUGUCUAAGCUUGCCUCCUCAGAGAAAGAGCUCAAGCAGGAACUCAACCAACUGCUGGAAAUAAAGCAGAGCCUGGAGAAGCAGAACCAGGAGCUAUGCAGGGAAAAGCAAGAGGCUGAUGACCAGCUGAAGGAACUGAAAGACCAGCUGGAGGCAGAGCAGUCUUUCACAACCCUUUACAAGACGCAGAUCCAUGAGCUGAAGGACGAAGCUGAUGAGAAGAAUAAGAUGUACAAAGAACUGCAGCAGCGACUGGCUGAGUACCAAGAGGAAAGGAAGUCUCUGGUAUCGCGACUGGAAAGCAGUUUGAAGGAAUUGGAUUCCGAGCAACUGGCUCGCUCUCAUGUCGAGGAGCAGUACUCGCUUCUGGAGAAGGAGAAGAUCAUGAAGGAGCUGGAAAUCGAUGACAUGAUGGCGAGACACAAACAGGAGCUCAGUGAGAAGGAGGCCACCAUCGGCUCGCUUGAGAAGUCCAACCGCACGCUGACAGAGGAUGUAGCCAACCUGGCCAGUGAGAAGGGAGAGCUGAACAACCAGCUAAAAGAGCUGCAGCAGGAACUCCAAAAAGCCCAGGGGAUGAAAGAGGAGUUGGAAAAUCAAAAAUCAUCUUUGGAAAAACAAAUACAUGUUGAAAGGACUCUGAAAACUCAGGCUGUGAACAAGCUGGCCGAGGUGAUGAACAAGAGGAUUGAUACGGGGCGAGGGGGCGCCCGGAGUGUCGACUCUGAGGUGCAUAAGAAGGAGAAGGCGAACAGGAAGCUGCAGCAGGAGCUGACAAAAGAGAGACAGCACCUUAACACCGUCAUCUUCAAAUACCAGCAGGAAGUGCAGGAGAUACAGGCGCUCAUGGCCGAAGAGAGCCAGCAGCGCCAGGAGCUGGAGAUGGUUUUGGCCAGUAAAGACAGUGACAUCGAGCAGCUUCGCUUUCAGCUCACCUCCCUUAGCCUUCACUCUCAGGACUCCAUCAGCAUUAGCAGCGGAAACGAUUUGGAUGUUUCUGACGAGUUCCCAGUGCGUAUUGCUCACACUCGCACCUCCGAGUCAAUGUCCUUCACCUACCAGCGAUCGCACCAAUCUGUCCGCAUCGAUACCCGGCCCAACCUUCGCUCGGCCCGGGCUCUGUUUGAGUCCGAUUCUGAGGAUGACGACGACGAAGAAGCCGAGCCGGUGGAGCAGGGCCACCGUCCUCUGGCUCUGACCUAUCCGCAGUCCCCUCAGUCUGAAUCUGAACCUGAAGAUUCCCGGCUGGAGGGCUGGCUCUCGCUUCCUUCCAAGAACACAAAGCGAUUUGGCUGGGACAAAAAAUAUGUUGUUAUAAGCAGUAAGAAAAUCCUGUUUUACAACGGUGAGAUGGACAGAGACCAAGCCAACCCAUUCAUGACCCUGGAAAUUGAAAAGCUGUUCCAUGUCCGACCCAUCACCCAGACUGAUUGUUACCGAGCAGAUGUCAAAGAAAUCCCUAGAAUAUUCCAGAUCUUGUAUGCCAACGAAGGCGAGAGCAAACGCGACACGGAGGCUCUAAUGGAUUCUGCACCUUGCGAACGUCCCAGUUACAUCCCCCACCUGGGCCACGAGUUCAUGGUGUCUAUGUACCACCUCCCCGCCAGCUGUGAGGUCUGCCCUCGACCCCUGUGGAGUGUCUUCAAGCCUCCGAUGGCCCUCGAAUGCCGCCGCUGUCAUACCAAGUACCACAAAGACCACAUGGACUUGAAAGAGGACGUUAUUACGCAAUGCAAAAUGAACUACGAUAUGUCCACCGCCAAAGAGCUGCUGCUGCUGACCAGUUCUCAGACAGAGCGGCAGCGUUGGGUCAAGCACCUCCUCAAGCGCAUCCCGAGAAAAAAACCAACGCUAAGUCCUACCCCGGCAGCGCGGAAAAGCCCCAACGAAUCUUCGCUGCCUUCCUCUCCACAUGAGACCCCGCAGCCCUCCCCUCGCUUGUCUCACCGCCGCGCCAUCAAGAUCCAGUCCACCAGACAGCCGUCGUCGGACAAGCCCAGGCUGCUUGAGUUUGACCUGAAAGACUGGAAUUGGCCGAUGGAGGAUGAUGAUGGUGGUGAUGAUAUUUUCUUCUGAAAGAGGAAAGUCAGAGGUUAACCCCGGCUGUGUUUCAUCCAUCUGGAUUGUCUGGACCCAGUUUCCAGCACAUGAAAAGUCCAAGAAAAAGGAAGAAGAAAACCAAAACACACGACAGAUUCAGAUUAACUGGCUGUUGUCAUGAGAACUGGGACGUUUUUUUGAAAUUUUCAACAGGAGGAAACUCAACCACAUCUUUGUAAUGAGACUGCCUUUUUUUUUUUUUUUUUUUACCAUCAUCAUUGGGCGCAUUCAGAAUGGUUUGUGAAAUGUUUUGCUUCUUGAUGAAUACAGCGAGCACAGCUGAUAUUAUAUGAUUGUUAUAUUUGUAUGGGUAUGGCAGCGGCACAUUAUACAGGGUGUCUGUAAAUGUGCGAACAGAGUUUUAGAAAGGGAGACUUUACCCAUUUGGAGCAUUGAUGUACUGGACUGGUUUUGUCGCACUAAAUAUAGCCACCACAUCAUUAUAGAAUAAUGUGAAAUGUAUUUUUUUUCUUCUCACAGAUCAGUAUUUAGGACAUUAAAAAGAAAACAUACAGAACUUAAUGUGGCACAUCUUGUGUAUUCAUGUCUUACUUCAAAGGCCUGUUGACUCAUAUUUGAGGAUCUCAUGGGAACUGCGAAAGCUUAAGAGCCAGUAAAUGUACGGAACUGGCAGAAAAUACUAUUCGAAAGAUUUUAUUGUAAAGACGUAUCUGAUGCGUUUCUUUUUUGAGGGUGGAAAGAUUAUACAACAACACAACUUCAUUGAUUUUUAAACUGAAGAAUUGGGUGCACAGGUUUAAAUCUCUUGUGAAGUCCGCCCGCGGAAAAUCUAUGAUAAAUUCCAACAUUUACGUGAUCGUUGUGAGUUGAAAAUUCAUACCAGCGCUGUAACCAUCAUGCAGGCAUAAAAAGACUGUUGAAGUGAAACUUGUAACACCUAGGCUAAAUAAUAUAAGUAAAUUGGCAUUUUAGAGAUUUGUUGCCAGCAGCAAACCUACUAACUGCCCAUUCAAAAGACAUUUUGUUCUUAUUUCUUUAGCUAAAUCUAUAAAAAUAAAUAUUCAGGCAUCACAGACAGAAAAUAGUAUGUUAGGACGAACAGGUUGACCCCAAGGAGCCAUUAGUUGAUUAUCUUGGCAGACAGUUGAUGAUCAGCUGAAAGAUGACGUGUCUUUCAGGUCCUGUGUCAGUUUUUAGAUUUUAGAUUUUGUAAAGACAUACUCUUCAUCUGAUUUCAAAACGUUAAACCACAAUAGGAAGGAAGGCAUUAUUUCUAGGCUUUGUGUAUUGUUUCUUAUGCUUUACAUCCAAUUUCUCCCAAAAAAACAAAACUAAAAUCAGAUCAUUAAAUGGUAUUUUACCUAUAUAUAAA